CAUUGUCCAAAUUGCAGAAAAUGUACUGGUUUUAUCCUAAUCCUAGCCUACAGACGCAGCAUGAAAGCCUCUGUGAGUGGCUGCAGAACAAAGAAAAACAGUCGGCGAUGCCAGAAAAUGUGAAGCUUCUCCUCAAAGAACUUCAGGAUGAGAGUGGUAGAGCUGAAGCCCUCAGCGAGCUCUUAGCAUCAAUACGCAGGCAGGGUGUAAGAGCUGAAAACAUCCUGAAGGAUGGGGACAACUUGCUACAGCGCUACCGAAACCUGGAGGCCCGGCUACAGCAGCAGGCUGCGGCCCAGAGUGUCCUGGAGGAGGAAUACAACAGGUUCAAAGCCCAGACAGAGAGCACCAGAACCUGGAUUAGUGAACUCUCACAACCACUGAUGUCACCUGACAAAGACACAGACGUGGAGGAGAUUAAGCAGAAAACACUGACUAUCCUAAGCUGCAGAUCUGAAGGAGACUCUAAAGUGAACAGUCUGCUUGGAGCAAUGGAAAAGCUGUGUGAGCAGGAGGACAUAGACGAACAGAGGAAACGUGAUGUUAGUUUGCUGGUCAGAGAGAUGGAGAGUGAGUGGAGGACUGCCCUUCAAGCUGCUGAGGAGGCUCUCAGUAAGGCAGAGACAAAAGCCCUGUUAGACAAACUGCUUGAUGCUUUCCAAACCCACACUGAAAGUUUUGGGUCCUGGAUCAAAGACCAGAGUGAGAUUCUCACUUCUCUGGGUCCACACAUGGAAGUUGAUGAAAGACUCCAGAUUGCUGAGGCUGUUCUGAGCUCCAGGCCUCAUGGGGAGUCAAGGCUGCAGGAUUUGAGGCAACAAUGGCAGAGCAUCUGUGAAAACCAGGGCUCAGACAGUAACAAGAGGACGGAGAUUUGUGAUGCCAUCAGACACGCCGAGGAGCAGUGGCAGAAUAUCAUGCAGGCUGCUAAAUUGACUGUGGAGCAAGUGGCAAGCCAAGCAGCCUCUGAGAGGGAGUUUGAGGCUUUUAAAAAUUUGGAUAAAAGCUUCCAGUCCUGGAUUAAAAAGCAGAGGCAGAAACUGUUGGGCCUGGGUGGUCACAUGCAGUUUGAGGAGCGGUGGCAGACUGUGCAGGCUGUUAUAAGUUCCAAACCUGAAGGAGAGUCCAAGCUGCUUGACCUGAAGAUGCAAACUGCGGGUCUGUGCAAGCACCUGGAGAAGAGCAGGACAACAGAGAUGGAGCAGCUAGUGGCACAUACAGAGCAGCUCUGGGGAGCAGUUCUGCAGACAGCCAGACAAGCUGAACUCCGAAGUCUUUUAGACGACUUUUACUGUCAAAGUAAAAACACUGAGUCCUGGAUACGAGAAAAACAGCAGAAGCUGCAGUCUGUGGGCUGCCACACCCCGCCUCAGGAGCGAUGCGACACAGCACAGGCAAUUUUGAGUUCAAGACCUGAUGGUGACUUUAAGGUGAACAACCUGAGGAGACGAGGUCAAACCCUGUGUGAUCACCAGGAUGCUGACGAAGGUCGGAAAGUCCAAGUUCAGCAGACAGUUAAAGAGACGGAGAAGCAGUGGAGGGACGUCCUCCAAGGUGCUCAGCAGGUUGAAGCUACAGCAGCAGCUGACAUAGCUCAGGAGAGUGAGAGGAGGAGGUUGGAGCUGAGAGAAUUGGAGACCCUUCAGCACGACACCGAUUGCUGGCUUGAGGGUCUCCAACAACAACUGGUUUCCUUGGGCAACCAAGCCAAACCUGACCACAGACUUCAUGCAGCACAGGCCAUAAUGAGCUCCAAGACUGAAGGUGAUUCCAAGCUCCAGAAGCUUAAGAGACACUGUCAGAGUUUUUGUACUCAGGAUCUUGGUGAACAGAAAAAGCAAGACAUUCAGCAAAGACUACGAGACAGUGAGGAGCAGUGGACGAAGCUGCUAAAACAUACUAAACAAGCAGUGAGUGAAGCUGAAAGGCAGCAUGCUCUGGAUCUUGAGCUAAGGAACUAUGAGGUUCUGAAAGAAAGCACCAGCAGCUGGCUAGAAAGGAGGCAGCAGGCCCUCACCUCUCUGGAUCAUGAGACUGAUCCAGAACAAGUGAUAAAAACAGUGCAGAACAUCCUGAGCCUCAAGCCUGAGGCAGACUCAAAGCUGACUGAGCUGACAAGACAAAGCCAGAAUUUGUCUGAGCAAGAAGACAUUUCGGAGCACGCACGGCGAGAGGCCCAGAAGGCAGCGCAAGACUCGGAGCAGCUUUGGGGGAUAGUCCUGCAGACUGCUGAGAACACUCUGCUGAGAGCUGAGGUCCAGUACUUGCUGUCCAGGGAGAUGGAGGCCUUCCGUAACCAUGCGGGUAGCACUAAGAAUUGGAUUGAAGACCUGCAAAAACAAGCUGAUUCUAUGCAGUGUGGUACACAGGGCAGCAAGGCUCAGCUAGAGGAAAGAAUGAACACCGCACAGGCCAUCUUGAGCUCUAAGUCAAAGGGUGAAAGUCAAGUGAUUGAGCUGAAGACUCGAGCACAGAGUCUCUGUGAACACACAGACCUGGAAGCAGAUAAGAAGGUGGAGGUUCAGCAAAUAGUCCAGGACGUAGAGACACGGUGGAGGACAGUUGUACGAGCUGCUGAAGAGACCCAGAGACAGUUGCAUGGUGUUAUGGAGCGCCUGUUGUCUUGCGAGUAUAAGCAAGACAAAGCUGAGGCCCGUCUGGCUGAGAUCCAGAAACAGACAUCCGACCUUCCACAAAUAUUCCCCUGGCCAGGCUUGGGAGAGCGAAGACAGGCUGUAGAGCAGGCCCGGACCCUCCUGGACCAGAGCACAGCCUUAGCCCCUCUACUCUCAGAUGUACGCUCACAGCGCGAAGAGCUAUAUGAAAUCACACAGGACCAAAGUUGGACUAAUCCAUCCUGGAAAGCCAGGGAUGAUGCUAUCCCUGCUCUGCUAACACAGCUAACUGAUGUGGUAGCAAACUUGGAGCAAGGAAUUGUGAAGGAGCAGCAGUGCACUCUGCUUAUUGAGCAGCAUGAAGCAGCUCAGGACUGGCUGAGGGAGCAGGUUAAAGGCCUGGGGCCCCCUCCUGCAGACAGACAUGGCCUUCGCAAUGCUGUCAACACACUAAAGGCUUUGCUGCAGACAGUUGACAGAGAGCAGAGAGAGAUGAUGGAGCUGGAAGCUGCCAAAGACUGUUUGUUGAGUCUCUGUACUCCUGGAGGACAGGAUGCUAUCACCCUGGAGGUCAGCCACCUCCAUGAGCUGUGUGCCAACUCUGAGCAGGAAGUGAGGGAGCGCCUGACAACCUGUAAAAGGCGGUUAGAGGAGAUGGACUGUGAGCUGGCCCAGAUUUCCCAGGGGCUGAAGGAGAGAGCGGCUGCCCUGCAGUGGGAGCUCCGCUCUCUGGAUCAGGCAUUUAGUUACAGUGAACCACAGAACAAUAUCGCUCAGCUUCAGCAGCACUGGCACAGCCUUCAGAACUGUGAGAACUCGCUACUGGAUUUGGGUGUCAAAGUUCAUGAUAUGUACCAAGAAGUAAAUUCAGCAACGUUUACCAACGAGUUACCUGCAGAUAUUGUCAGUUUGGUUGCAUCUUUAUGCCAGCAACAUGCCAGUCUGGAGUGUAGGCUAAGUGACCACCAGGGGGCCUGCUCAACAAACACAGCUCAUUAUUUGAAGGAUUGUAUCUCUGCAAUGCAGCAGUGGAGCCACAGCAACCCGUCAGACUCACCUUCUUCUGUGCAGGUGACUUUAGAGGAAGGUACAAAGCUGCAGCACAAUCUACACGAAGCACUUUCUCAUCAACAGUUUCUAACAGCCUGCCUGACAAUGGACUUGUUUGAGAAAUUCAAGAAAGAAUGCUUAGGGACACUCAGACAAGUAGAUGUUCACAAGACUUCACUAAGUCAGAUCUUGAAGGUAUUCAUAUCAUCAAAUUUUAUUUUUAAAUCAAUAUUAAGCAGGAUGAAGAACUACAUUUUGUGCUCUAUGAAGAUGACAGAAAAUGACAGCAUGGACAAUCAAAUUGUUGCAGAAGACAUCAGCCCAGAAGAUGAGAAGGUUUUCCAAGAUCAGGAUCAACAGGAAAAGGGAGUGGCCACAGUUGUUCUAGACAUAAGUGGACGAUUUAUGCCUGCAGUGGAUAGUCAUUCCAAUGAAGUAGAAACACGUGCCUUAGCUCAUGCUAAAGACUCUGAGGUUGACAUUUAUGCCAGUUCAAUAAUACUGAACAAAACUUCAGACACAGAGUUACAGAAAACUGAGCACAAAACCACAGAGGCUUCUCAGCAAACAGUUUUCCAAUCAUCAGAAAGAGACUUGGACACAGUUGCUGAAUUACAGCUCCCUUUGUCUUCUGACUCUACAGAUGUUUCCAGAUCUUUACAACCAGAGACUAUGGAUGUUGGGAGUGGUGGUUUGGAAAUUAAGGAAACAGGAAACAAGCUUGACAGAGCAAGAGUUUUCUCAACUCAACAAUCAGAUACACUAACUCCUGAUCAGGAGGAAUAUGAGUUCUUUACCAAAACAUCAACAAAAAGUCCCAUAGUUUCCCCAGAACCUUCUUACAAGGAGAAAAUAAUGGGCAUGAAAGUUUCUGACAGUCAACAAUCUGAAGCUGAUGAUGAGUUGACAUAUUUUAGAGAGCAGCAAGGACUUACUGCUUCAGUGAUAAAUGAACAAAGUCCAGACAAGAUUGAGUUAAAUUAUCUAAUCAAAUGUGAUGAAGCUGAAACUGAAAGUAAAAGUGAAGAAGCAACUUUAUCAGCACAGGAAGACAAAGGACACCUCGCUACUGCUGUAGUGGAACAGACUUCAUUAACCAACCAAGAAUCCGAAAGUCUUGAAGACUUUGAUGGAAUUAAGGCAUCCACAGAUAGAGAAGUACUCACAGCACAAACAGAAAAGGACAAUGCCAACAAUCAAACUGUUGUAGAGCAAUCCAGUGAAGUAGAUGACAAAACUGAAAUUCAAAUUCUUGAAGAUCAUGCUCUAAAAGAAAAGAAAAUGGACACAAUCAUUAUUGACACAAGUGAAGGAUUUAUAGAUGAAGCCAAUUUUCUUCCUGAUGAGGUAGGAACGUGUGCUUUAAGCUCUCAAGCUAAAGAACUCAUUUCAGCCAGUUCAGUAAUGCCAUAUCAGGAGUCUGAGCAUAGACCCAAAGAGGCUCCACAACAAACAGUUACCCAGUCUUCAGAAAGAGGCUUGGACACUGCUUCCAAAGUGCAGUUUUCUUCUUCCUCUGACCCUACAGAUGCACCAAAUAUAGCUGAUUACAUUGAGAAUUUAUGGAAAAAUACAGACGAAAUUGAAAAGAAAUAUUUGAUUCUCGAUGUGCCUGACAGAGCAAUCGGUCAGACAUUUGAUAUAGACCUAAAGCAACCUGACAAAGAGUCUGAAGGCAAACAUGAUUCCAACAGACUUUGCUCUUCUGUUUGUGCGAUUGCUAUGUCUCAAGAAGGAAGGGCCGGAUUGAUGGAAAUAAACUUCUCUGAGGAUGAAAAUGUGAAGCUGAGAGGAACUGGGAGUGAGCAACAAGAGUCUGAGCAGGGAACAUCACAGGGAAAAUCUAAAGAGCUUGAGGCAAGUGAUGUGCAUGAGGUCAAACAGAUCAGGGAAGAAAGAUCUGCUCAAAGGGAACCUUCAUGCAAUCUACCCCUGGAUAUUGCUACCACUCCUGAAGUCACUGAUAACACUUGUGUCACAGGAAAUGGGCCAAAUAAGGAGCCUGCAGAAGCAAAUAUCCAGGAAGGUAUUACCAAACAAAUUUCAUCUGAAGCCAAGCCUUCUGCUUCAGAAUCGGUCUCGGAUCACAAAACAGAAUUUGUAGAAAUAUGUUUUUAUGAGCAAGACCAAAUACAUCAGAUUGAGACGAAAAUGGCGAACAAGUACAGUAUUCCCGAUGAACAUUCCACUCUUCUAACACAUAUGGGUGAUCCAAAAUCUGUCACCUUGGAGAAAUCUCCAAUGCUGACUGAAGUGUGUGAGCUAGAUAUACAAAGGGGUCCAGAAGACAGUGAAACCACCUCUAUCCAAGAAGAAAAAGAGAUCCUCAUAGAUAUUGUUCAAACUCAUAACCAGUCUGAAAAAAAUGUAGCUGAUAUUAUCCCAGAUGAAGCUGCAACUGAAAUGAAUGAGAUAAAAAUGCAAGAGAGUGGUACCCAAUUUCUAGGUAAUGUUGCUCAAAGUGACUCUGUUCAACUCAGUUUUCUUGGUUAUGAGUCAAUACAACCACAUGAGACAAGAGUCAUUGAAAUAAGCUUAAAAAACAUAGGUCCAAGAGAACAUAAGACAAGGAUGGAGCUUUUGAAAACAGAACAAGAAAAACCUGGGCUGGAUGAAGAACAUAGUGACAUGAAAGACCAUCCUGAAAUGUCAGCAGAAACACCUGAUGAUUUUUCUAAGAGCCUUGGUGAACAGUCAGAAGAGGGACAGAAAACUCCCAUGGAACCUGAAGAACAAGUAGCAACACAAGCUAGUGCUACGGAGCAUAAAAACAUGUUUGCCAAAGUAGAAGAGCCAGCAAUAGAUACCACAGGAGCAGACUCACAACAAACUGACUCCAUGUGGAAAGAGAUUGUGUCUCAAAGUGACUCCAAUCAACAUAUAUUGUCAACAUUACCAUCAUGUGAUGCUGACACGGUACUUGAAGACAGAAGUGCAACUGAGGAGGAUCAUCUCAUACCACAAGCAGCUAUUAGGCAAGACAUCUCGGAAACAAUACAGGAAAGACCUGGAGAUUUGCCCAAAAAUCUGAAUGAGAAGGCUGUUUCAGAGAAAGGAACCCAGUUAUUGAUUUUGCAACCAGAUAUUCAGGUGCAACAGACCACUUCAUCAGUUAUAAUAGCAGAGGUGCCACAGACUGAUUCGAAUGAAACAAGUAUACAGGGCCAAAUAGUGACAGAGCAGCAAGAGCCGCUUUCUUUGGAUAUUUACCCAUUUACAAUGCUAGAAGUAACUGUAAAACAACAGGGUCAGCAAGAAUCUGUUGAAGCAGGGCCAUCUGAAAAAGGUUGUAAGGAAAGAAGGCAAGAUGAUACGCUAGAAUCCUACAAAUGCACAUUAUCUGAAGUAGAAAAGGAUCCCAGUGUUACAGACCAGCCAUCUAAACCAUCAAUACGUGACACAAAUGUUGCACCAGAGACGUUUUAUAAGACGUUUGUUGAAAAUAGGGAGAUCCUUGUUAACCCCUUUGAGUUCCAAACUGUAGACACUGAAAAGCAGCCAGGUAUGGAAACAAGUAUGAAGUCUUGCACAGUAAAGGAAAGUCAAGAUUCAACAGUAGCAAAGGUUCAGCCUGACGGGUCAGCAGUAGGGUGGAAUAAAGAAGCUGUUAAAGAAACCGUUACCACAUUCCUUUCUGAAUCCAGUUUGGUCCAUAUGGUCCGAACGGAUAAACACUCAACAGAUGCAAAAGAGAAGAUUGAUGGACAAGUGAGAGAGACUGAAGAAAGGACAGUCAGUGCGGAGCUGCCACUCGAAACUACUGCUGAUGAAGUAAAGCUUCAGAAUGUGAACUUGCCAAAGGUUGGUUCAAGUACUGAGAAGAUGCUGACUGAAUCACUUCAGAUGGUUGAGAAAUCAUCGUCUGAUGUUGCCCCAGGAGCUGUAACCCAUUUGCAAGAACUGUCAGCUCAGGAACAUGAAACACAGCAUACUGAGAAACUGGAUCAGAAAAAAUCAGAAAGAACCACCAUAGAUAACAUUUUCACAGAGAUACUCUCAGGGUCAAGAAUCAUCAGUCAGCUUAUUGAGGUUAAACUACAGAACAAUGUCCCAGAGGAUCUGAUCGGACCCACCAGUGAUUGGGAUCUUCAGCUGAGCAGACUAACUUCUCAUGUCCUUUGCAUUAAGAAUAGUCCCACUGAGCUUAACCUGAAAAUAAUGGCCCAGCGGGUGGAGGAGGUCCAGCAAGUUUUAGAGUAUGCACAGCUUCAGAUAUCCUUGCUCCCUCAGCUGAGAGAAGCCGAUGCUGAGAAAAGGGGUGUUCUGGAAGACCUAGAGAACCAGUGGGGCACUUUGGCACAAGAAGCAGCUGCUGUUAUCCGGAUUAAAGAGGCCCAGUUGCAGCUUGUUGCUGUUUACUGCAGGCACAAGGAAACAGCAAAAAUGGUGAUGGAUCAGCUCAUUGCAGAACAUGAUGCCAUGAAAAUGUCCCCACAGGAGAGCUGUUACAAGGAGGCAGAGCGACUGCGUUGCUUCCAGAGACGUAUGGAGGAGAACCGAGUAAUACUUGGGGAGCUGCUCAUGACACAUGCAAAGAUUUGUCCCCACCUCAGUCGAUCGCAGCAGGAAACUGCACAGAUUGAGCAAAACAACCUUCUAGAAAUGUGGAGGGUUUUGGAAAGGACAGUUGAAAGCACCCUUCAUCACACAAAUGUCCAUUCUCACCACAUCAACACUCAUCUAACAGAUCUGUCUAGUCUGCAGGAACGCAUGGAUCCAAUCUGGAAAGACCUUGAGGCCAAGACUUCCUUUACUACUCAGUGGAGUUGCAAGGAGGCGCAACACCUGAUGGAAGCAAACGCUGAAAUUAAAGCAGUUAAACAGCAAUACCUCCAUUUACAGCAGCUGUCGGAAGAUUUACUUCACAGUUUACAAUGGACGAGAGAAUCAGAGAAUAUAAGCAACAGGCUUCAGGAGAUAAAAAACAAGCUUUGCCUCACAGAAGAACUGUUGUCAUCUCAAACAAAAGACAGCAGCAACCCCAUCAUGGGGAAAAUGAUUGCAGUGAUGAGAGAUGGCCUUGCAUGGGCCAAACAAACAGAGAGUGACAUUGAGGGCAGGAGGAAAUGGCUGCCUCUUCUUCCAGAAGAGGUUCACCGGCAGCUCAGAGAUCUAAAGAAGCUGCAGUCUGAAGUGAUGGCCAAACAGAGCCAGCUGGAGUCACUUGUCGAGGAGGUGACAGAGCUGCUUCCACAGCUGGACCAGGCUCAGGAGGUGCCAAUUGUGAACACUUCUCUAGAACGCCUUGAAGAACUCUCAAAGUCCACCACUGACAAGCUGUCCAAAGCUAUAAAUGAGGUAGAGUCUGGACUCCAGACAAGAGAAAAGCUAUCUGAGCAGAUCUCUGACCUAGACUCUUGGAUUGUAGUUUACCUACAGUCAGAGGUCUCAAGGAGUACAAACAGUGAAUCUAUGAGCCAAAGUGAUUUGGAUCGUAGAAUUCGCCAGGUCCAAGAACACCUGGCUGAGGCUGAAAGACAGGCAGCAAUCUGCGAGGCUCUUUCAAUGAAGAGUAAAGAUAUUGCAGUGGAACUUGGUGCAACAGACAACUGUCAGCUUUUUGACACGAUCAGGAAACUCCAGGAAGAUAUCAGAACCAUAAUCAGGCAUGAGAAGGCCCAAAAAGAGGAGCUGGAUCAACUCAUCAAGGCUGUAGAAUCAAGAAGGAACACCUUAGACAGUAUUGAAAAAAGCCUGAGGCAAAUGUUAGUCGACAUGAGCAGACUGAGGUUCCCGAUUCCAAAGGAGUCCCUGCAAGUCUUUAAAUCUCUAAAAUGCCUCCUUUUGGAACACAAGUCCCAGGUUGAUCUUCUGAUACCAUGGACUCCUCAAGAGAAGUUGAAGGCAAUUUUUGAUUCCAUUUCUGAACUUCAGUACAAAAUUGCAUCGUUUGAAAUUAAAUCCAGGGACCAUGAGAAUUACCUGAACAUAAAGCAGCGCUUGGAGACUCUGAAGGAGAACAUUCAGCAGCAGGUUCAUCUCACCAAAGAGGACAGCAUGGACCUGGUAGAGAAGUACAAAAUGUGCCACACUCUCUUCCUCCAGUUUUCUCUAAUAAAAGGAUUGGGUAAACAGGCUUGCUCCCAUCUUGAGCUGAUCUCUGCAGACCUGUAUCCCUCACAACUGACUGCUGAGCAACAGUGGCUUAAACAAAAUGAAGACAGCCUUGACACUUGGGAAAUCACUCUCUGCAACAAUCUCAGUCUCAUUGAACUGAACGUGCUGAAAGAACAAGAGCUUGAAUCAGUGAGGAACUCCACUCAGGAAUUUCUCUCAAGGACCCUAAGCGAGCUUCAGAAUCCCCCACUGUUGGAGCCUAAGCAAGUUAUAAUUGACAUGGAAUACCAGAGACUUGUGUCUUUAAAAAAGGCAGCAGAGUUACAAAUGAGAGCGCUUCAGGUGUUAGAGCAAAAGAAGGGAAGCAAACAAAGAAGACAAUUCAAUGAGUUGAUGGGCCUGAAGAGUGCCGUCCUGAGUGAAUGUGACUCAAAAAUGGAGGAUGUCUUAAAAGCAGGGCAGUGCUUGAGAAGCUACACCCUCGCUGUCAAUAAAGCUGUCCAGUUUUUGCAGGACAUCGAGGUCUCUUUGCUGCCUCUCCAGGGUUCUAUUGGACCAUGUUGUGAAAGACUAGAAGAGACCCAACAGGCUUUGGCGUCUCUUCAGCAUCAGUUUCAAACCUACAUCGAGAAUCUUCAAAACCAGACUCUCUUGCAGACUUACUUGUCUUCACAGAAGGUGGAACAGCUCCAGGAAAUGAUUCUGAGCCAGCUCCUAGUUCGGAUGUCAACACUCCUGGCCAAAGGACACAUACGACUGGAAAACCUCUGCAGGUGUGCAGAGCAGCACAAAAACUACAACAAGUUUCAAGAUGAAGUCCUCGAAAGCGUUGCUCGUUCAGCAGACAAACUCCUGCAGCAAAUCUCUCAGAAGGUCACUUGCCUUGAUGACUGCACUGACGAACAAGAAAGACUCACCGAGCUGUCUGAGCAGAUGAAGUCCAUCCUAAAGCAUCUGGAGAACAUGAUGGAGUGGUGCUCAGAAACGAGUUGUCGUGGAGGUCGGGAGGCAACUGUGGCCACCAUUUGGAGGCGGGUGUCAAGAUUACGUAGCUGCAUGCACAAGCUGACAGCUCGCAGUAAACGGAGAAUCACGGAGUGGCUUGACAUUACAAACAGUGUGGAAAAAGCCUCAGCUGUUUUGGAGAAGCUAGAGGCACAGCUUCCUGAUGCGUCUGUGAAGAAGGUCUCCACUGAGGAGCUUCAGGAGCUGCUGCAGUCUUGGGAACAAUACCAGGACGGGCUGGAUUGUGAACAUCGAGCCCUGUCCGCACUGGAGCUGCGCACAGCAAGGCUGCUGGGUGUCCCCGCCCACCUGGAGCAGGCUCCACCCAUUCCACUCUGUCAGCGCCUGCAGUUAAUGCAGGGCCGAUACAACAGUGUGGGGAUCAAGAGCAGGGAGGGCUUACUUAUUGCCAGACUGGAGCUGGAGGAGAGAGAAAAGAUCCGAGAGGAGCUGCAGGCUAUCCUUUUUUGGCUGGAGGCUUCAGAGAGUGUGUUGUCAAAGAUGGAGCAGAGCAGCAGCACACAGGAGCUACAGGAGAUGUACAGCCAACUGUGCGCCCACAAGGCUUUAUUGCAGCACAUUCUUGAGAGCCUUAGAGUGAAAUAUGCUGUGGUCCCUGCUGAGAUUGACAGCCAACUGCAGGAAGUCACAAAGUCACUGCACUACGUGGACACAAAGGUGGCAGAGGCAGUGGAGAGGAGUGGUCCUGUCCACAGACUGGGAACAAAGCUGUCAGAUGUCCAAGUUGGCCUGAGAUCAGUUCAGAACAGAAUGAAGGAGAGGAGCCCCACUGUGAUUGAAGCAAAGAUCACACAGAAGCGUGUAUGGGAUGAGCUGGACGUUUGGCACUCCCGACUGGCAGCUCUAGAAGUGGAGAUGCAGGACUUGGAGAAGCCAGAUGAUGUGCUGAUCCUCACAGAGAAGCUAGUGGAGGUCCAGCAGCUUCACUCCCAAGUGGCCAAACAGGCAGAACAGAGGACGACUCUACUCAGCAAGAUACACAUGUGGCUUCAAGAGCAUCAAGAGAUGAUCAAGAGUUCUAAGAGCUGGAUGACUGAGGCCCAGUCAUGGCUUGCUGCUCCUUGCACAUACAACACAGCUAAAUGUCUGAGCAGCCACGUUCAUGCUCUGCAGACUGUGUUAGGUGAUGCAUCCCAGAUCCGAUCGACGCUGCAGAACUUCAGCUCAGUCUUGAGGGAAAUGGCGCAGGUUUGUGAUGUCACCGCUCUCCAGGACCAGCUAUCUGACGCAGAUCACCAAGUGGCAGAAGUUCAAGACAGCUUCACAGCUCCUCUCUCUCAGCUAGAGCACGCCGCUGCUGAGGUGGAGGCCAUAGAGAGCGAAGUACGGCGAAUGGAGAAUGAUAUAGCUGAGAUUAAGACCCUGCUCUCAUCCCCGGAGACUUUUCCCAGCCCCAAAGAGGAUAACCUCAAAAUGAUUGAACAGAAGAUCCAGUCAAUGAGAAGGACAGUAGCUGAGAUCCAGAAAUGUAAACCAGGUCUCUGUCUCCCUGAGAAGGCUGAGGAGACACUGACUGUCUUUAAUGUGGUAGAACAGCUCCAAACUCUGCUGCUGGACCUGGAGAAGAAGGUCCCAGCCCUGUUCAUUCAGCAGCCAUCAACUCAGAGUCAAGCCAAAGUGACACCCAGACUCCAAAGAUCCACAUCUGAGAAUGAGGAGCAGGGCCAAAUUACAGUUGUUCAUUUUGAGGAGGACAUCCUGAAGAGAUCUGGAGGCACUCUGCAGACUGUGAAGCAGUCCUCUCCUGAACAGAGAGAGUCCAGCAGGCCUGACAGCAUCCCGCAGCAGGAGCGUCAUGGUGAGCUCCCGGCUGAAGAAGCUACAGAGAAUAAAGGCAGUGAAGCGCUGAGGGCGGAAGAUGAUGGAAGAAGUGUGUUUUGGUGGCUCUGGGAAUCUUUCCUGGGAGUUUCACCUAAGGAACCAGAGGAUGUCUCAGAAGAGAGUGAAGUGGAAACUGGCCAAGGUGCUGAUCAGACUGCAGAGGAUGGAAAGGAUGUUGAGAGCUCCACUGACAACACAGAAGCAAGUUCAUCUGAAGCUUUAUCAAAACCUCUGGGCACAGUCAGAACCCAGUCCCUGUCUGAGAGCAUGGUAAACACAGCCUCGGCCGUGAACGUCUCCAAGACAGACUCUAGCUCCCAGCAGAGAUGUGUAGUUUCCUAGAUCUAGAACGUUAUAAAAUCUGACUAUGAUUUUUCUACUCAAUGUCUCAACAUUGUUCCUGAGAGUCAGUUUAAAUUACACUAGAGCAUUAGAAUUGUCAUUUCCUUUCUGAAACCAGCUCUAAAGCUUCCAACAUUUUGUUAGAAACUAAGUCUUAGAUAAAACUGUCAACAGUUGUGUAAAUUCUGCAUUUAAUGUGUAGUCUAGAAUCAGCCAUAAAACUGUAUCUCAGUUUUUAUAAGGAUGUCUGGUGCUGUUUCUUUGUCAAAUUACAGUUAGACUGUUGAACUGUUCUAGAGUCAAUGUUUUGCCAAGUCUCUCAAUCUAAUUUAGUCUGAAUCUAGAAAACUUGCCUCUCCUACACAAGAAAUCCUGCUCCAAGUAGUAGUCAGGAAAGGAUCUCUUUCCUUAAUCAUUUCUGGAAACCUUCUCUACAUUUUUAAACAUUGUUCUACAGGUCCUUCUCAAAAUAUUAGCAUAUUGUGAUAAAGUUCAUUAUUUUCCAUAAUGUCAUGAUGAAAAUUUAACAUUCAUAUAUUUUUAGAU